UAAUUGAGAUGAUUUAUAGUAUGAAUCUUGCAUUUAUGUGAUAAUAGAGUGAUGACAAACCAAGUUCACGCUUAAACCUGUAAAAAGGAGAUUAACCAAAGUUUAAUUUUUAAAAGCAUGCCAUAUAGCCACACUGUAUAAAACAUAAUGAAAAUCACAACUUGGGCAGAACCUUUGCUUUGCAAAUCGAAAAGAAUCGUUUAAAUGAAUCGAUUCUGUUUGUGAAUCUCCCUUCAGUAUGCUAUCUCACCAUGCGGUAACCAAAACAGGUCCCAAGCUUCAGGUCUCCUGACAAUAACUGGGUGGCACCCUUCUUCUGUACGGACUUGGAAAAGACAAUGAAGGCGGAAAAACAGCGCUUCUUCUUCUUCGUUUUGUUUUGUUCACAGAUUAUUCACAGCUAAACAAGCUAGUCCAGGGAAAUUUAUUACGCCCAUCAAUUUAAUAAUUAGCCUAACACAGUUCAUUUGAGUUAAGUGAAGAUAAGGCGAGUCUCCGGGACUUCUCCUGGGGGGUCAUGCAAGAGACUGAUCACUGGAGUCUUCGAGUGAACACUUGAGUGCUUUUUUGGAGCUGGAUGGAGCGCGUGCAUCAAGGCACCGAGCGCAGGUCACUUUAAACACAGUUUCCGUGUUGACGCGCGUGCGGCUGCACCCACAGCCUUCUUCACAUCACUCGAACUGAAUAACCUACAGGUUACUGAACGGUACUUUAAAAGGGCGUCGUUGUAUACAAUGGGGUCUUCGGAAAUAGCUCGGAAACAAAGAUACCUUGCGCAGAUGACCGGCACUAAGUCGCUCUCUCAGGCUCAGUUCAGCGCUGUGUGUGUCCCGCGCGCCGAGCGACUCUCUCCAGAAGGCGCAGGAGCUUCAGGAGCUUCCGGAGACUCAAAAUCCCUCACGACCAAAAGCGAGAGACCGGUAACACCAGACGUGGCUCGUUUGUGUGAAGAAUGCGUCGCUCGAGUGCUUGUUUUACAGGAACAAGCUCUGCGAGUGUUAAAGGAUGGUCACUUUUCCCCCAGAGAUCCAAAACUCUCCAUCCUUCUCUAUGAGAGCUUGCGAGUGCCUACUUGGAUUGGCCUUGCUGGUUGCUGUGACGUCUGCUUCACUCACCUGAGCCAGCUCAAGCGGGAGGCCAUCCACAUGCUCCUAAAGCAAAACCGGACCAUCUGGCCCAAUUCUCCCCCUGCCAGCGUCUCACCCGGCUACGAUGCCUUGGGUUCUCACACUCUGCCUAGAGCCAUCAGUGCUCGUUCUCCAAGCCCCAAUAAACGGCAGAAGUUCAGCAACCCGAGAACGGAAAGCUGGGUCAGAGAACACUCGCGCUUUGAGACCCUGUGGGGUGCAAAUAAUGAAACAUCACCUUUUGCUGACACGGUUUCUCAGGAUGGUAUGAAAAAGAAAAAAGACGAUGAGGCCACGGUUCUCUGCCGCUUCAGUGGUCCUUUGACAUUCAACACUUCCAAAGUUGCCGCGAUGCUGCCUGCUGGAACCUCUGCAGCUUUCUCUUUCAUCGUCAGACAAAAUAGUAUUAAUGUGUCAACUUCUUUUAACAACACCAAACCACAUGUCCCCAGGGCUGUCCAGAAGUUGCACUUGACCUCAAGAAGGAAGAAGCAGAGCUCUGAUAAUGAUUGCUAUCCCACAAACUUCUGUGGUCUUCUCCAGAAGGACCCUCCUCCUGUACCGUUAAACCUUUUACAGACUCACAGCAAGAGCAGAGAGUUACCAGAGAUGGCAAAGGUACCACUGACCUGUUUUAUUUGUCAAACUCCACACUGGCUGACAUUUAUUUAUGUUUUGUCAUGUUUCCAGGUCAGAGUUAUGCUGAGACUCAACCCGAUUCUGACGGCAGACAUGUCUCAGUCCCAUGCCCUUAAAGUGGACCUACAUAAGAAACAGGUCACAGUGUUGGAUACUGUCACACAAAACCCACAGAGAUCAGCAUCAGGCACCACUUUCACUCCAAAGACGUUCACAUUUGAUGCUACUUUUGGCCCUGAGUCAUCCCAGGCAAAGGUCUGUGAGAAGAGUUUGUAUGAGGUUCUCCAGUCUGUUGUUGCUGGAGCAGAUGGCUGCAUCUUAUGUUUUGGACAAACCAAAGUGGGAACAUCUUACACAAUGAUUGGAUGUGAUGAUGGGACACCAAACCUUGGGAUUAUCCCUUGUGCCAUUUCUUGGCUUUUCAAGCUCAUUAACAAGAAGAAGGACAAGACAUGGGCAAACAUCUCGGUAUCUGUGUCAGCUGUUGAGGUGUGCGGGGAGACUGAAGUGAUCAAGGAUUUACUGUCUGGUUUUGAGGCUGGUGAUCACACCCAUAAGCCAAAUGUUUACCUCCAGGAGGACCCUGUUUGUGGAAUACAGCUUUACAACAACAGGGUGGUAAGUGCUCCUACAGCAGAAAGAGCAGCCUGCCUAUUGGAUACCGCCUUAGCAUCUCGCAACAAAGGCAUGGCAGGGUGCAGAGGGACUUUUCAUCAUCACUGCCAUAUGUUCUACACUCUGCAUGUCUGCCAAAAACACAUAGAGAGCAGCCCCACAUCUGGGAUGUAUGUAGAACAAAGCAAGCUGAGCCUAAUUGACUUAGGAAGCUGUACCAGAGAGAGAAGUAAGAACAACACAGAGGUCUGUCUUCUUGACCUGGGCAAUGUUAUUAUGGCCAAGAUAAAUGGGCACAAACAUGUCCCUAACAAGGGGAGUAAACUGGCCAUGCUCAUGCAAGACUCUCUUGGAAAUGUAAACUGCCACACAACGAUUGUAGCCCAUGUCUCCACCUCUCAUGAAGACCUGUCUGAAACUCUGUGCACCAUCCAGAUUGUCUCUCGCAUUCGAAGAUUACAAAGGAUCAGAAAACAAACCUGCAGCUCACCUGGAUCAAGAAGCUUGGGCAAAGAAAAAAAAGCAAACGACUCCUCUAAGCUAAGAGCGUUUCGCUAUGCAGGUUCAUUGGAACAUACUUUUUCGUUGCCUCACCUCUUUGACGAUCUAGGAGACUAUUCCGAGAGUGAUAAGUCAUGCGACACUGUGUUCUGUGUGGAUCCAAAAGGUGUCCUUCAUGAUAAUAAAGGAGUCAGAGGGAAUCAAGAGUUUGUGCCAAUAAUUCCAUCUUUGCAAAGGAACAAGGCAGACUUAAAAAGCUCUUUCUCUAUAAAGCACAGUGAUAUCAUACAGUCGAAUCAAAAUUCAAAAGAAAUGAAAAAACUUCCUGCUCAACAAAAUUCUAGUACUCCUGAUUUGGAGUGUUUCAAGUGCAACACCUUUGCUGAACUACAGAAUCGACUGGGAUGUAUUGAUGAAAGUGAAAUGGUGGGCUUGCAUUCUUGCAAGAUACAGCCUGCAAAUGCUAUCGUUAAAUCUGAACCUCUCUCAAGCAAAGUUGUGAAGAUACCAGCUGAAAAGCCAGAGAUUCAACAAUUUCCAUGUAAAAAACAGGCUAAUAACCAGGAACAAGGACAACCUACUCAGAGAGAUGCCUUUAUGAAGGACAUUAAGGAAAUACCUUGUGAGUAUAGUGGUCAAGACAAAAUUACUCAAAAUAUUCUCCCAUGCUCACCCAGAUUUCGCAUGUCUAGUAGCUCUGUGCAAUGUGAACAAGUCACUGAAUCCCAAAGCCUUACUAAAACAAUGGACACGACUCCUUCUGUACCUUUUCCAGUGGAAGGGCUGUCAUCUGAUAAGUCCACAUUGCCCCCCAAGAUUCGGAUACCUCCUGUGGGCAAAAGCUCAUCCUCCCCGUCUACUGCCCUAGGGACCCCAGUUUCUUUCCCUAUUACCCGAUGUGAAGUUAUUCCACAGUUUCCUAUAGAGAACCAAGGAGAGAAAGCAACCAUCACUGUAACAGUUCAGCAGCCACUGGAUUUGAAUGGACAUGAUGAACUUAUAUAUUCUGUGGUUAAGGAAGUGGAGGUCAAUAGCCCAGUUAAUAAAGGCAAGGCUGCAAAAAUAGCAAAUAUUGCUGAGCUUGAUUCUCUUAAGAACUUGCCACUAGGGUCUCAGCCUGUGAAGAUCAUUGGCAAUAUUGGAAAGGAACAAACUGCUGUUGAUUCUGUAUCCGAAGUUCAGGCUUUAAAUACAAUUGGUAAGACAUCAUCAGAUUUAUCUGCAGGCAAGACCAUUUCUAUGGGUCAAAACCAUGCUGUCAACUUAAAGACUGAUAAUAAUCCCUCUCAACUUGACGUUAGGUCAAAGGAAUCCCAGUCUAAGACUGUCACAGAGGUGGCCAAAACUGAUUUUGGCUCCACUUCCCAAUAUGAGGUCUCAGGGUUCGAGGAGUAUGCAUUUGAGAUGGCAGCAGAGCAAGAACGUGUUAAGAGAAAGUGUAACCAAAGUAGUGGGCAGCUUUGUUGUGAGUUCAAAGACAAGAUUUCUCCAACAAAUCAGACGAAAUUAGAAUAUUUUCCGAUGAAACCAGAAGAAAAUCUAGUCAGUAGUUAUUCAACUUAUGACACAAGCAGUCUUACAAGAGCUUGGCUUGGUACUGACAAACAGCAUGCCUGUAAGGACCCCCUUUAUCCCUGUACAAGCUGGAAAAAUGAGACGUCAUAUGAUCCAAAAGCAACGCUAGAAAAAAAAAAUUAUGUUGCGAAACCAAGUCUUGUAGAAUGGGCAAAAUAUAGUAAAUCAAUGCCUUCAGUGCCAAGAUCAGAUAACAACAGUCCUAAGAUAAACAUAAAACAUGUGCAGCCUACUAUGACCCAGACAAACUCAGAGAAUCAGCUCAAAACUGCAAGACCCAAAUCCCCUAUUGAUGAGAGCACUAAGCUAUUUAGUGCAAAAUUGGAGCAGCUAACAAACAGAAGCCGAUCCCUAAGUAGACCACAUGUAGAGUGUGUUGCUGUACAGCCUUUUGAGCAGAGCAAUGCUGUGUUCAUUCAGGGUUCUUCAAGGAGUAUGGAGGGCAAUUGUACCCCACCAAGGGUCAACAGACAUCUUGAAAAGCAAAAUUGCCAGGAUUUGGGUUCUAAAGGACGUUUGGAAGGACAAUAUGCAUUAGCUCAUGCCAAAAGCACUGCCUAUCCUGGUUUGCUGACAGUUUCUGAAGCAGAUAUCCUCACUUUGUCUCAGGCUAAUCAUAGUCUUAGAAGAGUUCCAAGGUUUUUCCCACUUUAUGAUGUUGAUGAACAUGACACUACUCAGCCUUGCAAAUAUAGUCAGCCCAAUAUGUCAAGUGUAAACAAGGUUUUGUCUAGCCCAGCAGUUCACACGUUGUCUGGAACAGCCCCCAAUACAUGUGUAUCACCAAAAUCUAACAGACGCUCAAUAAAUAGAAGCUCAAGUCUGACAUCUGAUGGAUUUUCCAGAAAACAAAUCUCAUGGUCAUCCCAGUCUUUAUCCCGAAAGCAGGUGAAAGCGUCUAUCUCCUCCAAAUAUCCAAGCAAAAUAUUGAAUGGACGGGUUGAGUUUCUUAGAGCAAGUGAGGACUCUCUCUCUAGCUCUAGCCAAGGUAGCUCAGAUAUCGACGAUCUUGAGGAGUCAAAAAGAAAAAUGAAACUGUUGAGCCACACCUUACCUUCCCCAUACAGUAGGAUUACAGCGCCACGUAAACCAAACAAUUGUAGUGGACAUGCCAGUGAUAACACAAGUGUUCUGAGUGGGGAGCUUCCUCCUGCCAUGUAUAAGACUGCAUUGCUGUACAAUCGCAACAGUAUGGUCAGCAGUGGUUAUGAAAGCCUGAAGAGGGACAGUGAAACCACAUAUAGUAGUACUUCAAUACAUGACUCAAUCAGCGAUCAGAGCUGCUUCUACAGUACUCUAAAGGAUGCCAGAAUUUCCAAGAAAAGAAACAACACAGUAUCCCAUCAAAGACAUCCAUCACAGGACACCCUCUCAUCUUUAAGAAGGUCUGUGAGUGGGUCCAAAAUACACUGGGUAGAUCGUGGUACCACAGAUGCAUAUGAAAUUAAAGUUUAUGAGAUCGACAGUGUGGAUAGUUUGCAGAGGAGAGGAAAGGCAGGGAACAAGAGUGUUGUCUGCUUCAGUGCCAAGCUGAAAUUCCUGGAGCAUCGACAACAAAGGAUUGCAGAGAUGAGGGCCAAGUACAACACCCUAAAGAGAGAGCUGGAACUAGCCAAACAGCAUCUGAUGGUGGAUCCAGAGAAAUGGACCCAUGAAUUUGACCUCUGGCAGACAUUUGAAGUAGAUUCUUUGGAGCACUUAGAGGCCCUUGAGCUGGUCACACGGCGUCUGGAGUGCCAAGUCUUCCGCUGCAAGGCGCAUGUCAUGAUGGUAACCAGUUUUGAUGUGUCACCAAAGCGAAGACAGAAGAAGAAGUACCGAUCACCUGUCAAUUAUAAGGGGUUCAUAGGAAUGUAGCAUACCAAGAGUUUAAAUUAAUUUGACCUUUUACUUUUAAUGAUGUACAAAAUGCUAGUUUCAUAUAGUGUGUACAUUAACUGUGGUUCUAUGAAUGCUGGAUAACUGCCAACAUUGAAACUAUCAGGUGAGAAAUACAGCUCCUUCUAUGCAUGUGCAUGCAUUC